AUGUCUAUCAUUCUCGAUCCCCCGGAGUUGGGCUUUCAGCGUCCCUUCAACCGUGAGGUGUGUCAGAUGUUGCACCUGAAGAACGAGAGUGCGGAGCCUGUCGUCUUCAAGGUCAAAACUACCGCCCCUAAGCACUACUGCGUUCGUCCCAACUCGGGCCGGAUAGAUCCUGGCAAACAUGUCGAUGUCCAAGUUCUGUUGCAGGCCAUGAAGGAGGAGCCUGCGCUAGAUGCCAAGUGCAAGGACAAGUUUCUCGUUCAGACAGUCGCGGUCACUCGUGAUAUGGAGUUCGCCAAUGUUACCUCGAUUUUUGAGAAAGCCCCCAAGACAGCACUCCAGGAGCGCAAAAUUCGUGUGAACUGGCUGGCCGCCGAUGAUGCCCCAGUUGAGGAACAAGGAGUUGAGGCGACUGGCAAUGUGCCCGACGAAGAGCCUCCUGCCUAUACCUCGCCGCCGAACCCCAACUAUCAGACUCCUGCUGCCGCACUUACGAAGAGCGCGAACGACACGUCACCCAUCCCACCGCCAGAUUUCAGCGACAAGCCCAAGCGGGAAGUCUCCACCCCGCAGAUCAUCGAAAGCUCGGCCACGUCUUCAAAGUCACCCGUAGCAAGCGCUAGCGAAGACUUGAGAGCCCAAUUGUCCGAGGCAAAUUCGCAGAUCUCAGCGCUGAAGGAGAAGUUGGCAGAUCAGGGUCUGAGACAGCGAAAGAUCGGAACCGAUGCCGAGAAGGUGCCCGCGCCAUUGGCGCAACAGCAGCCACAGUCCGUGGAGGCUGGUGUGCCCGUGCAGAUCGUGGCGGGUCUAUGCCUGCUAAGCUUCUUGAUCGCCUACUUCUUCUUCUGA